AUGCCGCGAAACCGAGGCUCGGCGGUCGCGUCGACGCCACCUCGCGUCUCGACCGCGCAAUCCACCCUAACCGUCAGUAGACGCGAUAGACGAGGACACGCCAACGGCAAACCGAGCGAGCGCAAGCUCCAGCUCCCCGGAUGGGUCUCCCUCCCGAACUCCGCCGUAGCGUCGUGCGUGAGCGUCUUGGUGACGAACCCGAUGGACCGAGCGAAGACGUUGAUGCAACUCCCGGGAUCGGCGAAGACGUGGGGGAAGAGCAUGCGCGAGGUCGUGAAGAAUAUGGUGCAAAAGGAGGGCGCGCUCAGAGGGCCGUACAGAGGUUUACCGGUGGCGAUGGCGAGGGAGAGCUCGAAGAAUGUGUUUCGUAUCGGGCUGUUCGCGCCGAUUUUGAUGGCGAUACACGAGAACGAUGACGCGCCGGCGCCGGCGUGGAAGCGGUUCGCGGCGGGGUGCAUGAGCGGGGCGGUCGGGGCGGUGUCGAGCAAUCCAUUUGAUUUGAUAAAGACGCGCAUGCAGGUGCCGGCGGCUAUGUGCGAGUACGAGAACGGGUUUGCAGCGUUUAAGAAGAUUUGCGCGAAAGAGGGGUGGAAGACGCUGUAUAAGGGCGUGUGGGCGAGCGUGAUGCGGGACAUGCUCGGCUCGAGCGUGAAUUUAACGGUGCAGUCUAUUGCGAGCGAGGCGCUGGUGCGAAACAUGAUUCUGAGCCCGGGUUCGCCCGUGCUCGGGGCGGUUAGCGGCGUGCUCAGCGCCGCGGCAUCGGUGGCGGUGAUGCAACCGAUCGAUACGUCGCGAGCGUACGUCUAUCUCAAGCCGCACAUACACAAGAACGUGAUGAGAGCAUUUAGGUACAUAGUUAUCCGCGAAGGUCCGCUCGCGCUUUACAAAGGUUCAGGAGCACACUUUCUUCGAACGGCUCCGCACUACGCCGCCAUGUUUGCACUUUUGGAGCUCAUAACGGGUAGCGAAAGGAACAUGUUACUCAAGCGCAACAAGUCUGUGCUCGAGAAGGUUCACAUGUUCGACGCCUUGUCUGAGGAGAAGAAGGCUCGAUUGGCGUGCAUGGUGGAAACAAAACAUUUCAAGGCUGGUGAAACCAUCGUCAGUGCCGGCGACAAUUCGCCUGGGGAGAUGUACAUCAUGACACAUGGUUCAGUCAAGGUUGCGGACGCGAAGAACGGCAACAAGUCUGAUUACGAAGGACACGAUGUUAUUCAUCGCGGAGGCUACUUUGGCGAAACUUUCAUGGUCACCUCGGGUCCAAGCCAAGAGAACGUGACCGCCGUUAACGACGUUAGUUUGAUGGCCGUGCCACGAGAAGCGUUUGAAUCUUGUCUCGCGGAGGACGAUGCGUCCAUCGCGCUCUUUGACGACGGUUUGACGGAUCCUGCAAAGGAGAUCGGAAUGGCGUGGCGACGCUUGCGAUACGAACGUACCUUGGCAAAUAUUCCUGUGUUCAAGGAUCUCGGUUCUUACGAGCGCGCCAUGGUGGUGAAACAAUCAAAGCGCUAUAGUUACAAACCUGGGCAGAAAGUCAUCCGCCGUGGCGAGCAAGCGGACAAGUUUUACAUUGUCCUCAAAGGUUCGGCGGUUUCUACCAAGUCAGACAGCGAUGUCGAUCGCAUCGCUGCUGGGAGCAAGCUUUCCGAAGAUCGCAUCCUUCGACACUUCGGCCCCGGUCAUUAUUUUGGUGAGCUCGCUCUGCUCACCGGCCAGCCGCGUUUGGCCACCGUUGUCGCGGACGAACCCUUGGACGUUCUCGCCAUCGAUAAAGAUGUCCUUAAGUCCUUGCGCUCAUCCAUCCCGACUCUCGAGGACGCAAUCAUUCGCAACCUUCGCAGAUUUGAUCACAUGGACUCUUUCACGACCAUGUCCAUCGCGUAA